AUGAAUGGGGAUGGAAAAAAUAAUAAAUAUAAAUGGAACAAAGCAUUGGAUAUUGAACAAAUUCAUUCAGGCUCUUAUUUAUUAUAUAAACAUUUAAAUGGAAAUAAAUCAAAUGAAAAUAAAGAAGAUAAUUUUACUUUAAUUAUUUAUGGAAACAUAGGAAAUAGUGAAAAUGAAAUAAAAAUAGAAAUGUUUGUUAAUAUAAUUGAAGCAUCAGAAUUAUUAAAAAUUCACCAUUUCCCUCAAGAAUUGUCUAUAGUUUCUGGAGGAUCUAUUCAAUUAAAUUCUAAUUUAAUUUCUGCCUCUCAUUCAACACUUGAUGAUUCCUCUAUUUAUUUUAAUAUUAUUCAACCCCCUCAAAAUGGAAUUAGAAUUAUUUUAAAGGAGGAUUCCCCAUCUAUAUCUCCUUUUUCUUCCCUUGCUAAUUUCACUCAAAAACAAAUAAAUGAAGGAUCUAUUUGGUUAGAACACACUCCAAUAAAUGAAAAACAAUCUUGGGAUGUUAUUGGCCAUUCUCUUGUAUUAAUUAUCAGAAUUGAGCCUUUAGCUCUUCAAUUACGCAAUUUCACUGAUAUUACUUAUAUUCAAGGAAAAAAUUAUGUUAUUUUAAAUAGAUCCCAUUUGGGUGCAGAAUCGAAUGGAGAUAGAUCUCGAAUUUAUUAUAAUAUUACUAAACCCCCAGAAAAUGGGACUUUUUAUUGGGUAAAUGGAGAAAAGGAAUUAAAUGGAUUCACACAAUUAAAUAUUGACAAUAAUGAAGUUUUGUAUUCACAAAUGAAUAUGAAUUCAUAUCAAGAUUCUUUUGAAUUUAUAUUAAGUAAUGACGAAUUAGAAUUACUUCCUAAGAAAGCAAUUAUUAAAGUUUUGCCUAUAUUUAAACCCCCAACAUUUGUUAUAAAUUCGAGAACAAUAUUGCAACUUGGACUUUCACAUCUUAAUGCUAGUGAACUUGAAGGCUCCUCACCUCGUUAUUUAAUUUUACCUGAUGGAGUACCCAGAGAUGGAAGAUUUUUUGUCCAUCCACAUUCUAAUGAAUCUACUUUAUUUUUUACACACGAUGAUAUAGUUAACGGAAGAUUAUAUUUUCAUGCCUUUGAUGUUAAAUAUAGAACUGUUAAUAAUGUUGUUCUUGAACUUAGAUCGGACAGAGUCCAGCCAGCAUUAAUUCACUGGCCAAUAAUUAUACGUCCAUCAGAUAAUAUAGAUACAGUGAAUGAAAUCCAAUCUGGAAUAGUUGAAGAAGAAAGAGAACAUCAAUAUAAAUCCCAACCAAAACAACAAAAUCAAAAAACUUUCCUAGACAAUCAAAUAAUUCCCCCUCCCCCACCUGACAUGAAUUACCAUUUUCCUAUAGCUAUUCUUAUUGCUGUAGUUCUUCUAGUUGUUGGUAUUUUAUUAUGUAGAAAGAAAACCCCUCCAGAAGAUAUAGCUAGUAGCGAAGAAGGGGAUGAUACUACUCGUUAUCAACAACAAAAAUCAAAUGGAACUGAUAGUUUUAGGGAAAGAAAUGGAAGUUCUAAACAUAAAAAAUCUGCCCCAGAAAAUGGAAUUAAUCAAAAUUUGGACUCUUCUAAAAAUCAACAAAAAUUAAGUGUUCCCUCUUCUUGUUUAGUUACAGAAAAUGAAAUAAGGCCAAAAAAUAUUUUAGAAUCAACUGUUUAUGCUGCUAUAAAUAAUAAACAACACAAGGAUUCUAUUGUUAGUAGAAAACUUGCUCAAGAAACAGAAUCAACAUUUUAUUCUGAUGAUGGGGGUGUUUAUGUUGGAGAAGAAAAUAAAAAGAAAAAAUUAGAACUUCCAUUAUUAAUUACCCCAUCAUCUACAGCUUAUUAUGCAACAGCAACAAUUCCUUCAAUAAUUUCAAAUCAAUCAGAUAUAACAUAUUUACAUACUGGGACAUUAAAAGAAAAAGAUUUACAUUCAAAAAGAAGGAGGGAUUCAUCUAGACCAAGUAUCCUUUCAAUGAGAAAUGAUUCAAAAGAAAGACAGCAAUUAUUAGCGUCAGCAGUUAAUGAAGCAUUUGCUAAUACAAGAAGUGCAGAUGGAAGGAGAAAGGAAUUUUUGAUUCCAAAUGAAGAUAAUGAACAAUUAAAAAUUGAACAAGAAAAUGAGGAAAAGGGGAAAGAAAGGGGGAAAAGUACUGAAUUUUGGGUUUAA